CCGAUGUCGAGCAAGAUGUCAUAAGCUUAUUUGAAUUUGUUAAGCAUUUCUUUCUGACAGUCUUUCUCGUGGAAAGCAUGUGAACACUUGUUCAUCACUUACAUUCCAUUUCCAUCCGAGAUGGAAGCUGUGUUUUUCAGAGAGGAAAGCCUGUCCAAAUUUGUCGUUGUUGUGCUCAUAUGGACAUGUAUUCUUACAGGUAUUCCUGCAGGACACAGUGAGAUUACUACCAAAGUUACCAGGCAACUCCUUAAAUCUGGGUUUCACAGAGAUCUCCACACAGAGGUGACUGUGGAAUUUACGUCUGGGCUGAUGAAGAAUUGUAAACUGAUGUUGGCUGAGAGUCUGCCUGCUAGUAGCUACAUUGAUAUCUAUCAGAUCAGACAGUUGUCAGAGUUGGUGGACCUGGAGUAUGUAACACUAGACUCAACUGUCUCACCUGUCUCUUUAAGUACACACUGAUGAGGCCAUUGACUUGGAGAAGCCAGAAUACCUGUCUAAAAGCACCUUGUUUAUGUCUACCAAGAUGUGACAUGUGU